CUAGAUUUACCUCCCAGGCGGUCGUCAGCAGCGCUCACACAGAGCUGGCGCAUAGCAACAGGUCAGUGAGUCCUGUGUGGCACAUUAGCAUUCACCAUAGACUGGGACAGAGGCCCUUUUUGCAGAGAUGGAAGCUACCAUUUCCCAAUGACUUCACAUAGGAGCUUUCUUCUAGCCUACAGUUAAGCUUCUGCAAAAGCUGUGAUUUGUCUGCCCAGGAUAGCACAAUGUGACAGGACGGCGCUUUGACAUGACAGUCCUAUGGGCUGUGUUUACAUGGGCAGUCAAAGGGAUACUCUGCACCUGCAGGUUCCUUUGGAUAUGUCCAUACAAUGCUAUCAAAUUCUUACCAAGGGACAACCCCAUCACAGAGGGCAAAAGUCAUCAGCUGAAACAAGUUGUGGGUGCCGAAAAUAACAGGAUUGCCACCAUACCAGGCAGCCCUGACCGUACAUUUGCCCUCCAGAAGAGACUGACCAAAACUGAAAAAGAGGUGCUAUCACUGAAGACCAGGAUUGCUUGUGAGAGAGCAUCAUGGGAAAGGAGGUUUACAGAGCUCAAGAGAAAACAGGAAGAGCUACAUAAUCAGCUGGUGUCUGGAGUGUUGGUGAAUGUGGGCAGUUACAGUGACCAGGGAGAGUCAGGAGUGGACAAUGGAGAAGCAUUUGAAGUGUGUUCAGCCAUGAUAUCAGCAGCCAAUGUCUCACAAGCAGGCGGCCUCCAUCAGCACAGAAGGUCUGACAUGUCAUCAAGAAGUGAUAGUUAUGAAUGCAGUUUGUCAGGCAGCCAGUUUUCUUCAUCCUCAGCACAGAGUUCAAGACCUUCCUCCUCCUCAACUUCAGCCUCCAGUGUGAGAUCAUGGAGGAAAUCUCAAGGGCCACAUCGAGUUUUUGUUCCUCACUCCCCGAUGGACUUACAGCUAGGCCAUCGGGUCAGGAUCAUGCUGCCAUCUGGGAGGAUCAGCACAGGAAUAGUUCGUUACCUCGGCCGCCUGCAGGGGGAGGUAGAUCUCCACCUUGGAGUGGAGCUGCAAACUCGUGAUUCAGGUCUAUGUGAUGGGAGCCACCUGGGACACAACUACUUUGAAUGCAAACCUGGAUACGGGGCUUUUGUACCUUUCCACAAACUACUAAUGGCAUGGGAGUAACAAAAAUAAAUACAUCUUACCAAGCUCGCCAUCGACUAGAGGACCAGCUGAAUACAGAACAGUAGUUCGUAUCAUCAAUCUGACACCGCAGCAUAAUGGUACAUUUACACAUGCAUCUUGUGAAUCGAUAUCACUUUCCUAUUCACAAUAAAAACAUCAGUUCAACAAACAGUGCUGUG